GCGGACGAGGCAAGGGUUACGUGGUUGGCUCGAGCCCCCACGAUGAUCAUUUUCGUUUCUGCAGUCGCAAGUCAAGAUGGCCGCGCAAAUGCCCGAAUUCAAGCUCAUCCUCGUCGGCGACGGCGGGGUCGGCAAGACCACCUUUGUCAAGCGCCACUUGACCGGCGAGUUCGAGAAGAAGUACGUCGCGACCUUGGGUGUGGAAGUGCAUCCGUUGAAGUUCGAGACCAACUUCGGCCCGAUCAAGUUCAACUGCUGGGACACGGCCGGCCAAGAAAAGUUUGGCGGCUUGCGCGACGGGUACUACAUCCAAGGGCAAUGCGCGAUCAUCAUGUUCGACGUGACGUCGCGCAUCUCGUACAAGAACGUGCCCAACUGGCAUCGCGACUUGUUCCGCGUGUGCGAGAACAUCCCCAUCGUGUUGUGCGGCAACAAGGUCGAAGUCAAGGAUCGCAAGGUCAAGGCCAAGCAAAUCACGUUCCACCGCAAGAAGAACCUCCAGUACUUCGACAUUUCCGCCAAGUCCAACUACCAGUUUGAAAAGCCCUUCUUGUGGUUGGCGCGCAAGUUGGUCGGCGACAACAACUUGACGUUUGUCGAAGCUGCCGCCAUUGCCCCGCCCGAGGUGAUCAUGGACGAAGCCCACAAGCGCGCCAUGGAACACGAAUUGGCUGCCGCCAUCGAUGCUCCCAUCCCAGAUGAAGACGACGACAUUUAAGCACUCGCGCAAGUCUGACUUAGGGGUUAAGGAAUACUAUAUAUUGUAUGGCAUCGUCGAUGCGUCUACAACGAUCAAA